AUGGUGGUGUGCAAGUUCUUCCUGCAGAACCGCUGCGCGUACGGCAACAACUGCAAGUUCGAGCAUCCGCAGAACGGCGCCGCCGGGCGAUCCGGAUUCGGUCAGAGCGCCUUUGCGCCGCCGUCGGCGUUUGGAGGCAACGCAAGCACUCCAGCGCGUCCAUCUGCAUUCGGAGGCGCUGGUAGCGCAUUUGGCCAAUCGAGCGCGUUUGGCUCGCCGUCGGCAUUUGGCUCCCAGAAUAACAGCGCGUUCGGGUCGACUUCCAAGCCGGGGGCGAGUGCGUUUGGAGCAACCGCUCCGUCGGCAUUUGGAGGUGGCAGUGCAUUCGGUGCAUCAGCUGCGGGAGGAUCGGCGUUCGGCAGCACCUCGACACCGUCAGGCUCGGCGUUUGGGGGAGUCAACAAGCCCGUGUCUGCGUUCGGCUCGGCUGCAGCGCCACCCUCGGCGUUUGGGGCAACGGCGGCGCCGUCUGCGUUCGGGUCCACAGGUGCCCCUUCUGCGUUUGGUCCAACGUCCGGGAGCACGUCUGCGUUCGGGGCGGCGGCGACACCGUCGGCGUUUGGCUCCACUUCAGGACCGGGUGCGUUUGGCUCGGCGGCCAAACCGUCCGCCUUUGGCAGCACACCGAGCACAUCCGCGUUUGGCUCGACAAAUCCGCCAUCGGCUUUCGGCACCAGCACCGCACCCUCUGCAUUUGGCUCAGCAGCACCGCCCUCUGCGUUUGGCUCUACAUCAACACCCUCGGCAUUCGGUUCAGGAGCACCGUCCGCGUUCGGGUCCACAUCGACAUCGUCGGCGUUCGGAUCUUCGGCAUUCGGCGCCGCUACGCCUGGGUCGGCGUUCGGAGCAGCAAGACCGUCGGCAUUUGGGGCCGCGCCCGCCACCCCGCAAGCGGCCGCCUCGGCGGGGCCGGCAGUGUCGACCUUUGCGGCGCAGAAUGCGGCGACGCCGUUUGCGUCGCACACGAAUCAGUACGGCGACUCGAACCUGCCCGAAGUCACGCUGACUGCCGCGGGGAUCGCCGAGGACUUGGGCGCGCAGGGGCGGCCGCUGUGGAAGCUGUCUGCGUACGGUCCCGCGCGAGGCGAGCCGAAUCUGGUGGUGGGCAAGGAUGUGAGUCCAGACGAGUUGAGGGUUAUGGCCUACCAGGCGCGUGCUGGCGGGCAGGACGCAGCGUAUGCCCAGCAUGAACAGAAGUUGUUUGGCGAGGCGGAUGCGGCGUAUCGACAGCUCAGCGCGAAUUCCAAUGCGGCCAUGCAGCAGGCACUGCGCAAUAGGGAAGAGAAGAAAAAGCUACAACAACAACAGCAGCAGCAGCAAUCACAGCAGCAACCACAGCAGCAAGGUUCGAUGCAGCAGGGUUCGACGGCGUUUGGGGCUGCACCACCAGCUAGCAGUGGGUUUGGGGCGUCUGCAUUUGGCGCGGCCACACCUGCACCGGCGACGAGCGCGUUUGGAGCGGGCACCGCACCGCCUGCUGCGUCUGCGUUUGGAACGUCGUCGACGUUUGGCGCAUCCACUUCUGCGCCAUCCGCACAGCCUGCACAACCAGCAGCGACGUCAGCAUUUGGAGCCACAUCUGCACCGGCGGCACCAGCGAGCGCAUUCGGCCAGCAGUCUGGAUCGGCCUUCGGUGCAGGAUCAGCAUUCGGUGGUUCGGGCGCAUUCGGCACGGACAAAGUCCAAGACCCCUACAAGAGCGACGUGCCCAGUCGCGGUGAUUUGACCGAUACCGUGAUUCAAGCGUUCGAAAGCGCAUCGUUCGAAUGGGGGCUUGUACCGUUCAUUGAGCCGCCCAUCGAUGUACGCUAA